AUGUUGAUGUCAACGUUGCUCCAUCUAGACAGCGCUGCAUGGGGCCGCAAAGUCAACUUCACGCAAUAUGCUGCCGUAGCCGCCGAGCUUCUGCACGCUUCAAGGGACGCAAUCGAAGCAAACACGUCCUUUCAAGAACUCGCUUUCCACGCAGCUGGUUCAGCUGCUUUGCCGAAGGCAUCCUGGCUCGACUUUGAUGCCCAUCCUGGCGACUGUGCCUGUCAGAUCCGUCCAGCGGGACUGCACUUGCUUGUUUGUGCCUUUCGAUCCGACCCACACAAGACCAAAGCAAAGUUGCAAGGCACCCUCGACCGCUUGCUUGAGGUAGCAACAUUCGCAAAAGAGACGUUCCACCAGCUCUGUACCCUUAAUCUCAACGUCGCCAAGAUCGGCGCUGGCCUGGAUCGCAAGUCGAUGAUUCUCGAGGACUUUUGCUACGCCAUUGGAGCCGGGACCUGGUUCGAUCAGAUCUGCCAGCCCGAUCUUUGGCUAGCCGCUUCCCCUUCCAAAUCCUUGCGUCGGACCCUUGUCAGCCAAGACGAUGCAGCACAUCUACCGACUCUUGCAAAUGACUCGGUGUCAUACAAGGAGCGCACUUGGCCCAUGCACGCGGGCUGUAAAGACCUCGUUGCAAAGCAUGACGAUGCCAGCGCGGCUUCUUCGCCAUCAACGGCGUCGACACGAUCGCUCUCCACACAGAUAUCGCCUGCCAGCUCGAUCAAAGGAGGAGAAAGCUCCUCCAGCCUGGCAACAUCAACCUCUCCCACCGACACAAUCACCUUUAAGAUCGACACGACAGAGGUCAAGCAGCCGAGGGUGCGAUUCCAGGUCGAGGACUGGAACUUUGUGGUGAGAUGGAUUGUCAUCUGCUUUUCCAUAGGACGGUACAGACAAAUCUCGCCAAACAAGAAAAAUGAUGCUCUCAUUUACCGCAUCAGCAUCAGCGAUGCACUCAAAAGACUCAACAUACGAGAUGGCGCACUGCUACAGUGCAAGAGUGCCAAGGGCGCGCAUAGAUGCCCUCACAGUAAAGCUCAGGCUUCCGUGGAAGCUAAGGCCACCACCGAGAUCGAGAGAUUGCAAAGCUGGACAUCGCACGCUUCGGCGGAUCUGGUCAUCAACCUGAGCCAGCUGUCGAAUUCGUCCGGGCAGCAAGUCGGCGAAAGCUUCUCCAUAGGCCCUCGCGAGGUUGGCUGCGUCCCGACCUUUUUGACCAUUCAGCCCUUGCUGUUGGCGUGGAAGCAACUGAAUCUACCGAUCUUUAUCGUGCUCAAGACGAUAAACAUGCUGAUCGAAGCCGUUUCACCUCAGCAGGCUGCAAGUGCUGACGGAGCACAAGGCUUAUCGCUUCCUCACGCUGUUUUCUACUCGCAACGAGUGUGCGUGAGCCUUUCCCAAGGUGAUCCAAAGCUCUCCAAUUGUAGGCUCGUCGAGGAAAUGGAGCUGAAAGACAACGUUCCAGCUAGCUUGCUGCCGAGAACCAGCGUUGGCCGUGGACUCGACAGCGAUUCAGAAGAGUUCGUGCGGAUUCUGUCCAACGGAGGGCUGCACGACAUGCUCCUCGCCUUCUUUGCACAGCACAGAGCAAGACUGAUCUUGACGGCACGCUCCCUUUUUCCUUCGGCUCUGUAUGCAACGCGAAUGGAUCACAGCUGCGACUUUCCCUUCCCCAAGGCAGACUCAAAGACGCUCCGAGCUUGGCAUCUAGAACAGCAGGAGUGGGUCAACUACUCGAUGCAGCACGGUUGCAACUAUGAGAACGCCACUGCCAUGGUGCCUCGACAUUGCUUCUAUGCCACUCCGUCUGAGCUCAUACGCAUCUGCGAGCAAGCGGUACACUCUGGCUCUACUCUUUCCGUCCCUGGAUUCACACAGGCUCGUUAG